AGUGCCUGUUAAAUGUUUUAAUAGGGACCUUCAUUAUUUCUUCCACUGCGCUUCAGUCCUGGUUGGGAAGUUAACGGAUGACUGAACAAGGCAUGAUGAGAGGGGUCUGGAGUUUGGCUGUUCUCUGGCUGCUGUGUGCUGGAAUUGAGGCUCAGAAUGGAUCUCGGAGUAGGGUUCAGCAAAGCAAUUCGGAGGUGCAGAGUAAUAAGCGCCCUCCCUUCAGGUCAUGGAACAGUCGGAUGUACCCAAUCUGGAAAGGCAGCGAGUCACAGAAAAGAGACUGCUGGAAAGGAGGUCAAGUCGCCUUUAGUGUCCAAAACGAUGCACCAACCUUGACUGGUGCCAAAGCCACCUUCUUCAUCAAGAUAAACUUCCCACAGAAUCAGACAGUGCUACCUGAUGGACAAGUUGUCUGGAACCAAAACCGCACUGACAAUGGUACCUGGGCUCCAGUUUACUCUGAUGAGGGGACAGAAGGUUCCGAGUGUAAAUUUCCAGAUGGCAGUCCUUUUCCACGUGAUUCUGAGAAAAGGCGCAGCAAGUUUGUCUAUGUUUGGCAAGCAUGGGGAAAGUAUUGGCAGGUAGUAGAUGGGCCCUCCUCCAAUCUAACCAUAGAUACAGAUGGUAUUCCCCUUGGCUCAUACACAAUGGAAGUGGUUGUGUACCAUUAUCGUGGAAGACAAAAGUUUAUACCCAUUGGCAGCACCUCCUCUCAGUUUGUAAUUACUGAUCAGAUACCAGUUUCUGUAUCCAUAUCGCAAGUUCUUGACCUGGACCAGGAGGAUCAGCGCUUUAUCCAAAAUAGAGCUGUGUCCUUCUCUCUAGCAGUGCAUGACCCAAGCAACUAUCUUCAAGCAGCUGAUAUCUCCUUCUCCUGGGAUUUUGGAGAUCAAAGUGGCACAUUUAUCACCCGAAACACAGCAGUCACCCAUACAUACAUUACACCUGGUGUAUUCAAUGCAAAAGUUGUUGUGCAGGCUGCCAUUCCAAUCACUCCAUGUGGCGGUACUGUUGCUGUGUUAACAACUGCACAGGUGGUGGGUUCUACAGCUCAACCUCCAGAGCCUUCAACAAGAGCAGCUGCCAUAACCACAGCUGGUGGGCAAACUGUUGCACCCAGUACUGCUGCAGUUCCAGGUAACUCAACGCUGUUGGACACAGAAGCUAAUGCCUUGAUAACUGUUGCUUCCCUAAAUGAAGAGGUUAAUGUGGAACCAGAAGAGGAUCCUGCGAUUGCAACUGCUGUUCCUGAAAAUGAACAAGCUUUGCCAGCAGAUGAGUCAGAGGUGGUAGCUGCGACAGCUAUUGUGCCCACAGACACUGCUGCUAACCAGGAUGUAGUGGCUGUAACCCAACCAGAAGCAGUAGGCACAGAGGCUACCCAGGAUGUAGUGGCUGUAACCCAACCAGAAGCAGUAGGCACAGAGGCUACCCAGGAUGUAGUGGCUGUAACCCAACCAGAAGCAGUAGGCACAGAGGCUACCCAGGAUGUAGUGGCUGUAACCCAACCAGAAUCAGUAGGCACAGAGGCUACCCAGGAUGUAGUGGCUGUAGCCCAACCAGAAGCAGUAGGCACAGAGGCUACCCAGGAUGUAAUUCCAAGCGAUGAAUCUGUAUUGACAGAAGAUGUAACAUCAGACAAUGCUCUAGAUCAGCUUGAAGUAAAUGCAACACCUGUUGCCGAGGGUACAGAUGCUGCACCAGCUACCGAGGCUUCCCAGGAUGUAGCUAGUGCUGUACCUACACAAGCUGUGGCAAAUGAAGUUGUGGCAAAUGAAGUUGUAACAGUCACUGAGGCUAAUGGUGAAGUGUUGCUGCUGGCCAAGCGUCAGGCACCAGAAGGACCCAUUGUAGGAUGUUUGCUUUAUCGUUAUGGAACAUUUGCAGCUGACCUGGAUAUUGUCUCGGGCAUUGAAAGCAUACAGAUUGUGCAAGUGGAGCCAAUUGUAUCAGCAGGGCUUGAGAAUACAGUGGAGUUUACAGUCACAUGUCAAGGAAGUGUACCAAGAGAAGUGUGCACCGUAAUCUCUGGCCCUGACUGUGAUAAUCCACAGCAGACAGUAUGCAGCCCAGUGGAACCCUCUUCUGACUGUCAGGUGGUCCUGCGUCAAGUCUUCAACGAAACAGGCGUCUUCUGUGUUAAUGUGUCAUUGGCCGAUGAUGUUAGCUUGGCUGUUGCCAGCACUCAAGUUAGUGUUUCAGCAGGUGUAGCAUCUUCAGUGAAUGGGGUUGCUGUUACAGUUGGCGUUCUCCUUGCUGCUCUUGCAAUAGCUACUGUAGCUUACACUUACAGGCAUGUGAAGUCAUAUACCCCAAUCAGAAGUAGCCAUGCAACUGGUAACUGGUUUCCUGAUCGUCCAUCUCUUUGGCUCUUCAUUCAAAAUGCACUUGGGCGAUCUGCAAGUGGAGAGAAUAGCCCCCUUCUAAAUGGUCGGGUAGUGUGAGGCAAAGGAUGAGCAUGGACGAGAGUAGCUUCAAAAGCUCUGGCAAAUGCCUUGCACACAAUUUGGACAAUCCUUUUAUUUUUCUAUGCUGGAUAUCAUGCUAUUGACAUGUUCUCCUGAAUAAAUUCACUAUGAGGUCCAGUAGUAUAAACCUACACAGGAUGGUGUCUCUUCCUUGUGGAAGAGUUCAUUGGCACAACCUUCAACCUAAUGGCUGAACUUUUUACCACCAAUAAAUUCUCUUUAAACAUCCA